CCCCCACCGGCCCCGCGUACCGCUGCUCCUCAUGGCGGGCUGGGCGUCGCUGCUCCCGCCCGCGCUCCUCCUCGCUCUGCUGAGCGCCCGGCUGUGCCCCUGCGGCACCGUUCCGGCCUCCUCCUCACAGCCCGUGACCGCUCGCCUGGCGGCGAAGUGGCCGGCGACCCCGCUGCUGCUGGAGGCGAGUGAAUUUAUUGCAGAAGAUGGUAAUGAGAAGUUUUGGCAGUUCUUGGAAACUGUGCGGGAAUUAACAGUUUAUAAAAAAGGAGAUUCAGAGUACUCCUAUUACAACUUAAUCUUGAAGAAAGCAGGACAAUUUUUAUCCAAUUUGCAAAUCAAUCUGUUGAAGUUUGCACUUUCCAUACGGGCUUACUCUCCAACUGUUCAGAUGUUUCAGCAGAUUGCAGCUGAUGAACCUCCACCAGAAGGCUGCAGUGCAUUUGUGGUUAUCCAUGAGAAGCACACCUGUAAGACUAAUGAAAUAAAAAAGCUGCUGAAGAAGGCUACUAAGAGACCCAGGCCAUAUCUUUUUAAGGGAGAUCAUAAAUUCCCAACUCUCAAAGAGGAUGGCCCGGUGGUUAUUCUGUAUGCAGAAAUGGGCACAAGAGACUUUGUCAAAUUCCACAAGAUUUUAUCUGAGAAGGCACAAAAGGAGGAAAUUGUUUAUGUUCUCCGACAUUAUAUUCAGCAGAAACCAAAUUCCAGGAAAAUGUAUUUAUCUGGAUAUGGUGUGGAACUUGCAAUAAAGAGUACAGAAUAUAAAGCAGUGGAUGACAUGCAGGUUAAAGGAGCAAAUGAGACAAAAGAAGAGGAAGAUGAGGAAGAAGAGGAGGAAAGUGAUGUCCAAGGAUUUCUCUUUGGCAAAUUAAAACAGAUGUAUCCUGAUCUGAAAAGCAAUCUGAUGGAGUUUAAAAAACAUCUGAUUGAAACUACUAACAGCAUGGAACCGCUGAAGGUUUGGGAGAUGCAGGAUCUUAGCUUUCAAGCAGCUGCUCGAAUUAUGUCUACGCCUGUUUAUGAUGCCUUAAAGGUAAUGAAAGACAUUGCUCAGAACUUCCCAAUAAGAGCCAGAUCACUUACAAGAAUACCUGUAGACAAGAAAAUGCAAAAUGAAAUAGAAGAAAAUCAGAAGCAUUUCCAUGAAACGCUUGGAAUUCAACCUGGAGAAGCACGUUUAUUUCUAAAUGGCCUUCAUAUUGACCUGGAUUUUCAAGAUCCCUUUAGCAUUUUAGAGACUCUUAAACUGGAAGGAAAAGUGAUGCAUGGCCUUCAUGAACUUGGAAUCAAAGGGGAGACCCUGAGUAAAUUUAUGAGGUUGCAUGUACAUCCUACAGAUAAUAAUUAUGCACUAGAUAUCCGUCACUCUUCAAUAAUAUGGAUUAAUAAUAUAGAACAAGAUCCCAGCUAUAGCACAUGGCCUGCAAGCUAUCAGGAGCUGCUAAAACACUCAUUUCCUGGGUUUUUACAUGAGAUUAGACGAAAUUUAUAUAAUUUGGUGCUUUUUGUUGAUCCUGUCCAAGAAGAUACUGGUGAUUAUAUGAAUCUGGCAGAAUUAUUCUAUCAUCAUGAUGUACCGCUUAGAAUUGGAAUAGUUUUUAUUUUAAGUACAAAAGAAGAAAUUGAUGGAAAUGAAGAUGCUGGAGUAGCUCUUUGGAGAACUUUUAAUUACAUUGCGGAGGAAUCUGACACUUCUCAGGCCUUUAUGUCGAUAAUUACCAUAUACCGUGAAGUCAAAGAUGGAAGUGUUCUGACAGUAGAUGAUGUGAAACACGUUCUUAGGAGUGAGUACCCCCAUGCUGAUGUUCAGAGUAUCCUGGGUGUUCAUUCUGAAUACGAUGAAGGGAGGAAGGCAGGAGUAACCUUUUAUAAGAAGAGUGGCCUGGGCCCGCUGCCUCAAGCGCUGUUUAAUGGCGUGCCCUUUCCCAGAGAGGAGAUGGAUGCAACAGAGUUGGAGACGCAUAUUCUUCAGAGGAUUUUUGAUGCCACUGGCUUCUUCCAGCGGGCAGUGUUCAUGGGUUUGUUAGAUGAUGGUGUAAAUGCAGUGGAUUUUCUUAUGGAUCAGAACAAUGUAGUUUCCCGUAUAAACCCCAGUAUUCUUGGAGCAGAAAGAAGAUACAUACAUUUCAGAUCCACUUCUGUUCCAUUUCAUGUGGAAGACUUCUCUACUUUCUCCUUUUUGGACUCACAAGAUAAAAGUGCUGUAAUUUCAGAUAAUAUGAAGUAUUUAACGAAAAAAGAUGAAGAUGCAUUGUAUGCUGUUACUGUCUGGAUUGUUGCUGAUUUUGAUAAGCCAGCUGGUAGGCGACUGCUUUCUGAUGCCUUGAAAAGCCUGAAAACAAGCAGUCAUACACGAGUUGGGAUUUUGAACAAUCCUUCAUCAAAAAUAAAGGAAGAGAACACAGCCAUUGCAAGAGGAAUUUUGGCUGCUUUUUUAACCCAAAACAACAGCAACUUAAGAAGUUUCCUAAGUAAACUCAGUAAGGAAGAGACAGCAAAAUCCCUUGCUGCUGGAACUAAAAUUGUUAAAUUCAUUAUCCCAGGAAUGGAUGGUGAUACUUUUGAGAAGAAGUACAACACUUUAGGACUGGAUUUAAUUAAAACUCAACAGAUGUUCUGCCAGGAGGUUUUGAAGCUGCUUCCUGGGCAAAUGGCUGUUAUUAGCAAUGGCAGGGUACUGGGUCCUUUAGAUGAAAAUGAAUUCUACGCAGAAGACUUUAAUUUGUUGGAAAAGAUAACAUACAGUACCUCAGCAGAGAAGAUUAAAGCUAUUGUCAAGGAGAUGGGAAACAGUAGUAAAAGUGGCAGUGAUUUGAUUAUGAAAAUAGAUGCCCUGCUGUCAUCUUUGCCUAAAACAGAGAUGAGACAAGAUGUUGAAUUACUCAAAGAACACCACAGUGUGAUAAAAGUUGAGCCCCAAGAGAAUGACCCAUUCUAUGAUGUUGUUGCUAUUGUGGAUCCACUGACAAGAGAAGCACAGAAGAUGACCCACUUAUUGAUUGUACUCAAGGACAUUAUCAAUAUGAAACUCAGGUUAUUUUUGAACUGCAGAUCUAAGCUGUCUGAAGUGCCACUGAAGAGCUUCUAUCGUUUUGUUCUGGAACCAGAAUUAACUUACGGAAUCAAUAAGAACCUUCCUUCUGAACCUGUAGCUAAAUUCCUAGAAUUGCCAGAAUCACCUCUUUUGACCCUAAACAUGAUCACUCCUGAAAGCUGGCUGGUUGAAGCAGUAAACAGUUCCUGUGACCUUGAUAACAUUCAUUUGCAGGAAAUAAAAGGGGCAGUUAUAGCAGAAUAUGAACUGGAAUAUAUAUUGCUUGAAGGACAUUGCUUUGAUGUGACCACUGAACAACCUCCUCGAGGGUUACAGUUCACUCUGGGCACAAAGAAGAAUCCUGUCAUGGUUGAUACUAUUGUGAUGGCCAACCUUGGGUAUUUUCAGCUGAAAGCAAAUCCAGGUGCUUGGACACUGAGAUUGCGUAAAGGAAGAUCUGAGGAGAUUUAUCAGGUUUUCUCCCAUGAAGGAACAGAUUCUGUAGCUGACCUGACAGACGUUAUUGUGGUAUUAAACAACUUCAGAAGCAAAAUUAUCAAAGUUCAAGUACAGAAAAAGCCUGAUAAAGUGAAUGAAGAGCUUCUUACAGAUGGAACAUCAGGAAAAAAAGGAAAGGUGGAAUCAGUUGCAAGAUUUUCAGAAGAAAUUCCAACUGAUGAGAAGGAAAAGAAAAGUGAUAUUCUUAACAUUUUUUCUGUUGCUUCAGGCCAUUUAUAUGAACGUUUUUUAAGAAUUAUGAUGCUUUCUGUCCUACGUCAUACAAAAACACCAGUUAAAUUUUGGUUUCUGAAAAACUACCUCUCCCCAACAUUUAAGGAUAUAAUUCCUCACAUGGCUAAAAAGUAUGGGUUCAAGUAUGAGCUGGUCCAGUAUAAAUGGCCCCGCUGGCUUUAUCAACAGACAGAAAAACAAAGAAUUAUCUGGGGCUACAAAAUUCUUUUCUUGGAUGUUCUUUUCCCUUUAGCUGUGGAUAAAAUAAUAUUUGUUGAUGCUGACCAGAUUGUGAGGAGUGACCUGAAAGAGCUCAGAGACCUAGACCUGAAUGGAGCCCCCUAUGGCUACACUCCUUUCUGUGACAGCCGCAGAGAGAUGGACGGGUACCGCUUCUGGAAAUCGGGAUACUGGGCUUCACACCUGGGCAAAAGGAAAUACCACAUCAGUGCCUUGUAUGUUGUGGACCUGAAGAAGUUCAGGAAGAUUGCAGCUGGAGACAGGCUUCGGGGCCAGUACCAGGCUCUUAGUCAGGAUCCAAACAGUCUGUCAAAUCUAGAUCAGGAUCUUCCCAAUAAUAUGAUUCAUCAAGUAGCCAUUAAGUCUCUCCCUCAGGAGUGGCUUUGGUGUGAAACCUGGUGUGAUGAUAAAUCCAAGAAAAAGGCUAAAACAAUAGACCUGUGCAACAACCCCCAAACCAAAGAACCAAAACUAAAGGCUGCUGCCCGGAUAGUUCCUGAAUGGGUUGAUUAUGACUCUGAGAUCCGAAACUUAAUACAGCAAAUUGAAAGAGAGAAGAAAAAUCUAACAUUAUUUCAAAAAGGGCUCAAGCACGAUGAACUUUAGCACAGCCCGUGACCAGCAAUGGUGACAGCUCCAGAGUCUUCUGGGAAGGACUGAACAGAAUUUACAGCUGUUACAUUGGCACUAUUUGCAGCAUUCUUUAAUGUGAAGUCAAAUAUUUUAUAACUUAAAGUGUUAUUUAAAACAUUUUAAAUGCAAUACAAAAAUGAGAAAUCCACAGGUACCUGGGUGUUUAGGGUUUUUUAACUGGUAUGGAGCAGCUUUCCCAAUGACUUUGCUUUUCUUUUCCUUCUUUAAAGUGCAGUUUGCCCAAAGGACUUUGGAAUAUGAAGGAAGAUGUGCUCAGCAUUGUCAGUCCAGGGGAGGAGACACUAAAUACGUAUUUGAAAUCUGUAGCCUAAUUCCAUGCAUUAGGCUACUGUAUUUAAAUAUCAGAAAUUUUGUUAUAUGCCUAUAGUUUUGUCCCUCAAGAAAUGCUGUGGUCACAAUAAACAAUUUCAUAAAAAAGGUCUGAUUUAGAUCACACAAAGAUAACUCCACGUGGAAGCUAAAGCAAGGAAUGACACUCUUCAUUUAUUAUGCAGGAUUGCUACACUCUUAUUAGAGAUUUUUAAAGCUAAUUUUUGAUUCUUAGGCUCCUUUUGGCCACUUAAAUAGCUUGUGAUAAGUUUUGGUUGAGGUGAUUUUCUGACCAGCAGACAUUGCAUCAGAAGGUCAGUACCUGAAAGCUGCUUCUACUCACUUUUGAUUAUCAUCAUCCUGUUUAUAACUGAAAAGAAAAUAAUAAAAUACAUGAGUAUUUUUUGACUAUCA